AUGCAUGCCCUUAGGAGAGACCUUAUCGAGUCCAUUCACAAAUCCUCCGCCCAACUUUCCGCGUGUAUCUGCGGCGCAGGGUCGUCGGCGAUUUCUUCGUUGACGAAGGUCGCUGGCUGCACUAAGACGCUCAUUUACGCGGAGACGAUUUACUCCUUCCCCGCGAUCGAUCGCGCCCUUGGCGGCAUCCCCAAAAACGUGGUAAGCGAAUCGGUUGCUCAGCAGCUCGCGCAGCGCGCUUUCCUUCAUAGCCAGGUUCUUACCAAACCCGUAGGAGAUGAUUCCCCGGCUUCAGUCUUUUUGAUGGGGGUUGGGGCGACAUCGGCGGUUCAAACCAACUUCACACGCGCUACUAAGGAUCGCGUGCACUUGUGUAUCUGGUCAACCCAUGUGAACCACCAAUUAGGGGGGAAGAAUGCGGACCCUUAUCAUGAAAAAGAGCCUCUCCACCAGGCUAAUUCGCGUGUUCGUGUUCAAAACUUCUACGCAGAGCCUCCCCAGGAGUGGGAUCGCUACCAACAGGAUGACUAUAUUGAGUUGUUUAUCCUUUAUAAUAUCGCGAAUGUCAUCCUGGAGGAGUGCGGAUCUUCUGGUGAGCUCGAUUCCAUUCUUCGCGUGCUGGCGUCGCCAUCUUUUCUCGCGGGGCUAGGCCCUGCAACGUCAUCGCCGCUUCUGCUCAGCGUGGCGCCGAUUUCAAAUCACAGCAUCUCCGCCAUCGAUCCGAUCACGGAGGCUCUCGAGUUUGUUCUGAACGGCAAGACGAAACGCGUUAUUUUUAAUGCGUUUGGUGAGAUUCGCUGCGAUGUGGCGCCCUACACACUCGAGGAGCACUUCAAAUUGGAAGUUUCACCCACACCUUCCACGAAUGCUGUGGAUUUGUGCGAGCAGAAAAAAGUGGUCCGACUGGUCUAUCCAGGUUCUUUUCGCCCUCUGCAUUAUGGCCAUACCGAACUCGCGCGGGCGGCGUUACGCGCCCUCACGCGUGGGGAGCCCGAGGAGAAAGAGGGAGGCGCACGCGCACGUACGCAGGUAACGUACGAAAUAGCAGUGAGUAUUCUCGACAAGGGGAAUGUCUCCUGUGAGGAUCUAACCUCCCGUGUUCGUCAGUUUCUUCAGCAUGGGGAUCGUAUCGCGGUAACGAACGCCUCGCGCUUUACAGAGAAGGCGCUUCUCUUUCCAGGCCAUGGCUUUAUCGUGGGUGUGGAUACCGCCCGACGGAUUCUCGAUCCUCAAUACUACGAGGAGUGCGAUGUGGUGAAGGCCCUGCUGGAGGGCGUCGGCGAACGCGGCUGCUACUUCGUCGUUGGCGGCCGCACUGUCGCCAAGAAAGAACCCGGAAAGGAGGAGAGCUCCAUGGUUUGGGAGGACUUGUAUUCCCUCGAGAUCCCUGAAGCUCUUCGACACCUCUUCAUUGGCUUGCGGGAAAACGAAUUCCAUAUCGAUAUCAGCUCGACAGAGUUGCGCGCGCGACAGGGGAAAGCGUAA